UUUCCUGUUCAACGUUUUUUUUUUUUAUAUAUAUCUUUUUUGAUUUUUUUUUUUUUUACUUUUUAUUUAUUUUCUCACGUUAGAAAAAACAAAAAACAAAACUAUGUUGAAAGCACUUACUGGAUCUUCUCUUGUGAAGACAAGCACUUCAUCGCCACUUACACGUUACUUUGGUCAUUUGUCAAAGUCAAAAACCAAGACAUUGGGAAAAUCACAUGGACGAGUGAUCAUUCUUGGUUCUGGAUGGGCUGGAUAUCAACUUUUACGAAAGCUCAACAAGAAGGAUUAUGAAGUCACUGUCGUAUCUCCAAGAAACCAUUUUGUGUUUACACCUUUAUUAGCUAGUACGGCAGUCGGUACUUUGGAAUUCAGAGGUAUUGUUGAACCAGUCCGAGGCUAUUCAAAGGAUAUCGAUUAUCAUCAAGCUUGGGUAGAUGGGGUAGAUUUGAAACGUCAAGUGAUUCGCUGUACCUCCAACUUGGAAGAUAACAAAGGACAAGAAUUCGAAUUGGAUUAUGAUAAGUUAGUGAUUAGUGUUGGUGCUUAUGCUAAUACUUUCAACACUCCAGGAGUCAAGGAGCAUGGUAUCUUCUUGAAGGAUAUUUCUGAUGCUAAAAAGAUUCGUAAUCGAGUUCUCGAAUGUUUUGAAUAUGCUGCUCAGCCAGGCGUAUCCGAUCAAGAAAAAGCAGCUAAACUUCAUUUUGCGAUAAUAGGUGGGGGUGCGACGGGAGUUGAAUUCUCUUCUGAACUUUACGACUUUAUUUCUGAAGAUUUAUCUCGACUUUACCCUCAACUAAUGGACCAUACAAGAAUGACGGUGUAUGAUGUAGCACCAAGUAUCCUCAAUACAUUUGAUUCUAAAUUGGCGGAUUAUGCAACUAAAAAGUUUACCAGACGCGGCAUUCAAAUUAAAACUGGGACUCAUGUAGUACGAGUGGAAAAGGAUUAUGUAGAACUCAAAGAAGAAGGAAAAGUACCAUAUGGCAUGCUUAUUUGGUCAACCGGAUUAAGUGCUAAUCCAUUGGUAGAAUCGUUAAAAGAUAUUGCCAAAGAUGAACGUAGUCAUAGAAUAUUAACGAAUGAACAUUUACAAGUGUUGGACGAUGAAAAAAAGGAACCAUAUUCCAAUGUGUAUGCGUUAGGUGAUUGUGCUACCAUUCUUAAUCAGGAUUUACCAGCUACAGCUCAAGUGGCCAAUCAAAAAGCAAUCUAUUUGAGCAAAACGUUGAAUAAUGAAGUCAAAGGAAAACCAACUGAUCAAGGAUUUAGUUUCAAGAAUAUGGGUUCGAUGGCAUAUAUUGGAUCUUGGAAAGCAGUGGUAGAUAUGUCAGCUGUUCAUGAAGGAGCCACAGAAGGUGGGUUUUUGGCUUGGUUAUUUUGGAGAUCUGCUUACUUGAGCAUGACUGUCAGUGCUCGUAACAAGAUGCUUAUUCCUAUGUAUUGGUUUAGUGCGUUUCUAUUUGGUAGAGACGUUUCAAAGUUAUAGGAUAAGCUGGCGAUCAAAUUUUCCUUACCAAAAGUGACAACAUUCCUUCCUUUUUUUUUUUCUCCUCUCUUUUUUUUUUUUUUCUUUUUUAUCUAUUCUUCUUUUUUUCUUUUUUAUUU